AAUGUAAGUGAAUUACGAAGCAUUGAUUGAUGGUAUUAAUAAUUGAUUAAUUUUAGAGACAAAAAAUAAAAUGUAAAAAUGGCAAGAAAUCAACGAAUAGAACAUGUGGGAAUUGUAUUCUAAUAAAGAUGGAUAUAUUGUGUAUACAAAGAAGAAUCCAGAAAAUGGAAUUGCUAUGAAUAGGACUCAAACAGAAAUAGCAAGAACACCUGAUCAAAUACUUGAUUUAGUAGGAGAUGUAAAUAAAAGACCAUUGUACGAUGAAAAAAUCGAAACUGUACUAAUCAUUAAUUUAUAUAUAUAGGCACAUGUUAUAGAAUAGAUAGAUGCAAAUACAAGAAUAAUUUAUGUUAGAAUCAAACCACCCAUUCCAUUUAUGAGUAGUAGAGAUUUAGUUAUGGUUCAGAAAGUCUAUAAAUAAAAUGAUGGCAUUAUUAUAGUUUGUUGUAAGAUAAUUAUUAAUGCAUAUAGCUAAAUCUAUUAUACAUUAGAAAACUCCUCCUAUUCAUAAAGUUGAAAGAGCAGAAAUGCAUUUAAGUGGUUGGAUUAUCAUUCCAUAACCAAAUCAAGUACAAUAUACAUAAUAACUAUUAGAUGACUAAAAUUAUUGCUAUAUAAUGUUUUGAUCCAAGAGGAGAUGUACCUUAAUCAGUGACUAAUCAAUAUGCAAAAUUGUAAUCAGAUAUGAUGAAAGCAGCCGUAAAAUAUAUUGCACUUAAUUAUAAAUGAG